CUAAAACCUCAGACAUGGAUGACCCACCACAAAAUGGCUCCAUGCACACACUAACAUCCACCGCCCGACGACGGCGACCUCCGAUGAGAAGCUAAACAGCCGCUGGAUUGAUUGGUUGGGAAUUAUAAUUACCUUUGGAUACCACUAUAUAGGCUAUAUACAAGCUUUUGGGAAAACCGCUUUUUUUGGAUUUUUACUCAAGUAUGAUGGAAAAAAUGAAAUCCGAGCAAUUUCCGCUCAGCCCGAGCGCGGAGGGAGACGCGUGCGGGAAACAGGAAGGCACGACGGCGGAGACGGGAGAGCAUCACCUCCCAGAGGAGCGCGGCGUCCUCAAUGGCGUUGCCAAGGAAACGGCGCACCACGCCACCGAGCUAAAAAAGGAAGUGGCGGUGAUCGAGCUGUCCAGGAGAGGAGGGAGCGCGGAUAUAAAAGGCAGAGAGCUCAAGGCAGACAUCAGACAUAAGGUGCAGACCACCGAGCUGUGCAGACCACCGAUUCCACUGCCGCUGCCUCCCAGAGAGCCGCCGAGUGACACUCGAAUGGUGCAGUUGAGUCCGCCCGCUUUCCCUCUCCCGGCUCGAGCGAUGCUCUACAGCAACAUGACCCCACCGCUCGCCACUAUUAACAGUGAUUUUGCUGGAGAAGCGGAUCAGUAUGGGAUGUAUCCCAGCAGUCGAGUGAAACGCAGACCUGUACCUUAUGAGGUUGAAAUCAACGAUGGUUCACAGCCCAAAGUCGUGCGACGGAUUUUCACGAACAGCCGCGAGCGCUGGCGGCAGCAGAACGUGAACGGUGCCUUCGCCGAGCUGCGCAAGCUCAUUCCAACCCACCCUCCGGACAAGAAGCUCAGCAAGAACGAGAUCCUCCGCCUGGCCAUGAAGUACAUCAACUUCCUGGCCAAGCUCCUCAACGACCAGGACGACAUGGUGGGCGGCGAAGCCCCCGCCCGUGCCGCCCGAGAUGCGACCCUGGCGCGGGACGACCUCCUUCAGGAGAUGCUGAGCCCAAACUCCAGCUGCGGGAGCCUGCUGGAUGGCGACGCCAGUCCGGAGAGCUUUACCGAAGACCAAGACUCUUUGGUGGAGUCCAGGUCUUCGGCGAGGGGACUGCAUCACUCCAGCCACCCGAUAGACGGAAACGCCAAGCGAUGACUGAUUUGGCAUUGACGGACUGAGAAGGCGCAAUGCUUCAUGGACCUCAACUAGCGUAUGUUCAUGUCGUGUGCAAGCAUAUUCUUACGUAUGACUUUCUGUUGAGCUCUUCUCUUCGCGCUUCGACAGACACUAAGGUGCCCUCCGCGGUGAAACGUUGGUACGGGGGAAAACGUCAGGUAGAUUUUUAAGUCCACACUUAGGCAGGAAUUGUUGAUCGCCACCUGGAAACGAAAGAAAACAGAUUGAAUGGUACCCACAUCUCAUCAGGUACACCGCUGUGAAGGAGGUCAUUGGAAACAGCUGGACUUGUACAACGAAAAAGAGCAUUUGAAGCAAGAAAAGGAAUAGUUCACCCCCCAAAAUGUCAAUUUUGGCAUCAUUUACUCACUCUCGUCUCACUCCAAAUGUGCGUUUCUAUCUUCGGUGGAACCUAGAAGAAAAAAAUGUGAAGAACCGUACAAUGACAGUCAAUGGGGUCCAAAGUUUUAGUUUUGGACCCCAUUGACUUCCAUUGUACGGAUGACUUGUAUUGUUCUUCACAAGAUUUAAAGUUUGAAGUGACAUGAGGGUGAGCCCCGGCUUUGGCUUUGUGCAACGUCUUUGAGACAAAUGUGUACAUACUGGGAAUUGUAAUGAGUUAUGACUUUUAUUUUAAGUAUUACGAGCAUCAAUGGCAAUAGCAACAAAAUGCUAUUUGGAAAAAACGCCAUUUUGUAAAUGGUUUUUUGGUAUUAUGUUUCGAAUCCCACACGCAUACAAGAAAAAUGGUGGAGGAGGUACAAGAACGUGUACAUAGACCGGGAUAAUGUCGUGUGUCUGUAACGAUGUUCCUUUAGACUGGUUCUUUUGCAUUGUGAUCAUGGUACACCAUUAAUUCGCAUCUCCAUUUCACCUUCAUUCAUUCAUUCGUUUGUUUCUUUGGCUCAAACACCCCUCCAACCCGACCAUCUCGCAAUGACGCAUUCAUGGAGUAACGUUCUGUCACUUUAUUUGACUUGUAUGAACUUGAUCUGCUUUUUAGCAGAGGAUUGAGUAACCAGUCUUGGUACCUUUAAGUCUUUUAUUGGGUAUUAAAUGAGCAAGCAAACAAAAAUUGUUUUAUUUUAAUGUGAUAUUUAGUAGAAAGACCUUUGUUGUAAGGUGAGAAUCUAUCUAUGAAUAUAUGCAAUGUUAUAUCACACAAAUUUUAUAUAAAAACCCACAAAAAUAAAAAACACAA